AUGGCUUCUAGAGUCCGUCAGCGGAGACAGUUGGACAAGGUGGCCAAUGCAUGUGAGCAGUGUAAGAAGAGAAAGGUCAAAUGCUCGGGACGCUGCCCCUGUGAGUCAUGCAUCGCUCGCGAUUUGCAAUGCAUCUUCAAACAAGCAGAAAAGAGAGUGAUCGUGUCUGAAAGUUAUCUACGCAAACUACAAGAAUCCUAUGCCAAGAAGCAAGAGAAACAGGUCUCGACACGGGCGAGCUCGGAAGAUGAUUCAAUUCCGGAGCCCAAUGCCGACUUGUCACCCGGGCAUGGAAGUACGCAUAUAUCCGGAGCGAAUGCGACUGAUGGAGAAGCAAUUACAAACCCCUUGGUGUCUGCCACAUCGUUCUAUCUUCAAGACACCCCUGGGCGAUACCGCUUUUGUGGGCCAUCGUCUACCUGGUCAUUCUCUCAACGUGUCUUCCUUCUGUUGAAAACAGCGCUGCCUGAAUUUCCUGCUCCUGAACUGCCAUUUCAUGUUGAUGGAACUACGUGGGAGUUGAACUGGUCCCGAACAAAUCUGGAUAGUGAUCGGCUUCUGGAAGGACUCCCAUCCCUCCAUGAUGCCUUAUAUCUUUUGGAGGUGGCUAAGUUCCACUCCUACCAGAUGCUUUUCCUAUUUGACGAAGAGAAAUUCCUACCCCACCUACACGAAUUUUACCAAACAGGACUCGAGAAAGCGAGGAGCUCCCCUCUUUGGUUCAUUCAGUAUCUCCUAAUUAUUGCCCUUGCAAAACGCACCACUGCUAAGUCAAGGAGUUCCAGCUCGCCGCCAGGAUAUGUCUUCUUUGAGCGUGCCAUGUCUCUUAUGCCAGAUUGGGUUGGAUUGCACCGUCGUCCCAGCCUGGGGAUGCAAAUUCUAUACCUAGCCGGGCUGUAUCUAGUAUCGGUGGAUAUGAAAGACGCCGCAUAUGCCUAUGUCGGCCAAUCAUUCCGGACCUGUAUCAUCGAGGGACUCCAAAAAGAGCCACCCAUCGAUCUCUUCGGCGUGAGGUUUGCAAACGAAGCCGUUUACACAGCGGACAGUAAACAACGGCGAUCCUUCAUCGCUACAGUUCAGUCGGUGUUAAGAGAUAUGGCAGAUAUUCUGCGGGAGAUCGAGACCGUCUCUGCCAGGACUGCGCAUCCCACCCUCCGCACAGUGUCCACUACGACCAACCACCUGUUUCUGUUGUACCACCAGAACCCCCGGGGUUACAACGGAGCGGCGGAUGCAUUUAUUCCCCCACAGCUCAGGCCACUGCUCGAGACCUCUUUACAAUCCGCCAAAAUUUCACUGAAGACCUUAAUAUCACUCCAUGAGCAAUCUUCACUCGAAUCCUUCAUCCCAUUCAACCAAGACAACGCCUUCUUCUCUGCGUUUAUCGUCGUUCUCGCCUUUUUCAUCGAGCCGUCAUUAGUACCCGAUGUGGAAAAUUACAUCUCGACCGCCUCAUGGUUGUUGAAUGCCCAGAUGGCCAACGGAGACCUGGCAGCAAAACAACGGAGCAAAGAACUUGACCUCCUGCAGCGGAUGACACAAGAGAUCGUGCGCGUAGAGCAACAACAGCUCGGAACCCACCAUGAAGAUACCGUAUCCCGAAAUGACCUAGAACAACGUCCCUCGACCCCGGACAAUUUUGCUAGUUGGGCCAUUGACGUUGAGGACAUCGACAUCAACCAUACGCAGAUACUAAACCUGGCUGACCAAUUGGACGUCCUUCAAGAGAGUGUGUGGGGUACCAAUUUCGAAUUUGAGUAUAGCAAUAUGUGGAACUAG